UGGGGUAAUCAUUGAUAUUUGGUACGGUUAGUUAAGAUGGCCGACUACGUCAACAAACAGGUGAUUGAAUUAAAAGAAGUUAAUGAAGAAAACCGGAACGGAGCAACGAGGAGCGUGAAGACUGAGACUCAUCUCUCAGAUAACAGAGGCAAUGUGACUGUAGAGAAAGACCUGCUACAGACCAGUUACAACACCCUGACUAAAGAGAGAGACCAGCUACAGAAGGAAAGAGAUGAUGUCAUGACAAAGUUCUCAAAUCUGAAACAAACCUGUCCUGAAGGCUGGCAGAUUAAGUUGGAAUCCAGUUGGUACUUCCUGUCUACUGAGACUAAAACCUGGAAGGAGAGCAGACAGGACUGUCUGAAGAGAGGAGCAGACCUGGUGAUCAUAAACAGUGAUUUGGAACGAGUGAGUGAGUGA